AUGGCAGAACCAGAAGCGCCCGCUGCCACAGGCAUAUACGUUCCACCGUCGAAUAUACCGCCGCCAAAACCACUCGUGUUUGAUGACAACAUCGCGAUAAGUUGGAAAACAUGGAAAAAGGCUUGGAAACGUUUUGAAAUUGCCACAGGAGUUUAUAAGCAAGACGGAGUUGUUCGUGUGUCAACCCUGCUAAGUAUAAUAGGUGAAGAUGGCGUCAAAACAUUCGACACUUUUACGUGGGCAGAAGGCGAAAGCGAAGACAAUAUAGACCAGGUUCUAAAGAAAUUUGACGAUCAUUGCGAACCAAGAACUCAAGUUAUUUAUGAACGCUAUCGAUUUAAUAACAGAAAACAAGAACAAGGUGAGAAUGUUUCAACUUAUUUAACCGAAUUAAGAACAAUCGCUCGAAAUUGUGAUCAUGAGUCAAUUACACCCGAUGAAAUAUUAAGAGAUAGACUAGUAUUGGGCAUAAGAGAUGACAAAGUUCGCGAGCGAUUGCUGCGAACAGAUGGGUUGUCACUGAA